GUCCCAAGAAGCGAAGCCGGUUGUGCGCGGCGGCACGAAAUCAACGAGGCUUUUUCUUUGGAAGCGUGGUGCAGCUUUAAGUUCAUCGUAUCCCCUUGUCCUUUUGUUCAUGGAUUCCGGAAACUCACGGAAGAGAAAAUUUGCAGGAAUCCUUUACCUAAUUAUCUUGCGGUGCAUGCGUGGGUAUCCACCAGUUUCAUCACCACGCACUUUCAGUUCUCCCGAUCCCCCUUUUUAAACCCCCUCUCUCUGCUCACGCCCUUCUUUCAAGAUCUGAUCAAGAUUUUUAUCUAUAGAUUCUUCUUUAUUUCAAGAUAAGCGAUUCGUUUGGUGUGUCUUGCAAGAUCUGAAUGGACCUCGGAGCUUGCAAGAACCUCUCCUCUGUCGAGCCGGUUAUGGGCUUGAUCCUUGGUGGGUUUUGGCGGAGGAAUUCAAGAAAGUCGGCGGUUCUUUCUUGAGUGGUGAAACAGGGGAAUUCCUUCCUCCUGUUGUUGCCCUCUGAACGUUCUUGCGUCUCUCUACUUUCUGGGAAAAUAGCGAGUGGGAGAGCUGAAAUCACGUGAGGGGAGAGAAAAGGAACAAAAAGGUUUUGAAGAAUCUGGCGCUUGGGUGUUUCGUGUUUGGUGGUGGGUCUGUUCUGGAAGAGGAACCCGGAGAAGGUAAAGGAUAGAAUUUUAUAAUCAUCAAGAAAGGAGAUCAGAGGAAAACCGAAAAGGGGCAGAGAGCAUAAGCACAGUUCCUCACAGCAGGAGCGGCAAGGGAAUCCAUGGCGACUCUGGUCGAGCCCCCGGAUGGAGUUAGGCAGAGAGGGAAGCAGUACUACUCAAUGUGGCGGACCCUGUUCGAGGUGGACGCCAAGUACGUCCCCAUCAAGCCCAUCGGGCGAGGGGCGUACGGCGUGGUGUGCUCGUCAAUCAACCGGGAGACACACGAGAAGGUCGCCAUCAAGAAGAUCCACAACGUGUUCGAAAACUGGAUCGACGCCCUCCGGACCCUGAGGGAGCUCAAGCUCCUGCGGCACAUCAAGCACGAGAAUGUGAUCGCCCUCAAGGACGUCAUGCUCCCGGUCCACAGCGCUAGCUUCAGGGACGUCUACCUGGUUUACGAGCUCAUGGACACCGACCUGCACCAGCUCAUCAAGUCCCCGCAGCCGCUGUCCAACGAGCAUUGCAGGUUCUUCAUUGUUCAGUUGCUGAAAGGGCUGAAGUAUCUGCACUCAGCCAACGUUCUUCACCGCGACCUCAAGCCCGGAAACCUCCUGGUGAACGCCAACUGUGACCUGAAGAUAUGUGACUUCGGGCUCGCGCGGACCAACCAAGGCGACGGGCAGUUCAUGACUGAGUACGUGGUCACGCGCUGGUACCGUGCCCCUGAGCUGCUGCUCUCAUGCGACAACUAUGGGACCUCAAUCGACGUCUGGUCCGUGGGCUGCAUCUUUGCCGAGAUCCUCGGGCGCAAGCCCUUGUUCCCCGGGACAGAGUGCCUCAACCAGCUGAGGCUGAUCAUCGACACGCUGGGAAGCCAGGGGGAGGAGGACAUCGAGUUCAUCGACAACCGGAAGGCCCGGAGGUACAUCAAGGCGCUGCCCUUCUCAAGGGGCACCCACUUCUCCCAGCUGUACCCGCAGGCCGAUCCCCUGGCGGUGGACCUGCUGCAGCGGAUGCUCGUGUUCGACCCGAGGAAGAGGAUCACAGUGACGGAGGCCCUCCAACAUCCGUACAUGGCGGGCCUGUACGACCCGCGGUGCAACCCGCCGGCUCAGUACCCGAUCAGCCUCGACAUCGACGAUAGCAUGGAGCAGCACAUGAUUAGGGAGAUGAUGUGGAACGAAAUCCUUCACUACCAUCCUCAUCAGUAUGCUUCCCUCCAUGGAUAAAAUAGCGGAAUCCUUCACCAUCGACAUGCCAGAGCAAGAAUUUUCUAUCCUCUGUUCCCUGAAUUUUCCCCUGAAACUUUCUUGUUGGUUCCUGCAUUGAGAGAGACCUAAUUGCUUGAUGUCCUGUAAUUUGUAAAAAGUUGCAAUGGCCACACCAACUAAGAUAGCACAUUGCAAUUUCUUUAAAAUAAUUUUUGUAAUAUUAUUUUCCUUCUUUCGCUAAUCCGAAACUUUAAUCAUAGGAUCCUUCGAAGUUUGAUU